GCAGCAGCAGGCUCCGGCGUGGCCGAGGUUUCCAAGGCUACUGCAGCCACGCUGCCAGCUGGGACACGGCCGCUUUUGGGGUCGUUUUGUACAAUGUUUAGUGUUUGAGCUGGGAGAGCCACUCGUGGCUCGGGUUGUGUGUUGCGGGGGGGAAUUGCUGACUGAGGGCUUAUUUGUUUGGUGCAAGCCUUGCCAACAAUGCGAGCUUUCCUGAAGAGCUCGGGGGGGUGUUUCCAGCUGAAAUCCCACACCACGACCAUCGGGAGCCACAGAGGGGCCGACAUCGUCCUGCAGUCUGCAGGGGUCGCAGACCGCCAUGCAGCCCUGGAAUUCUCCGCCUCAGACAACAGCUUCAUCCUUCAUGACUUCAACUCCCCCCACGGCACCUUUGUCAACAGCUGCCAGGUCCAAAACGCGGCCGUCAGGGUGAGGCCGGGGGACAUCCUGAGCUUCGGCACUGCGGGAGCAUCCUUCGAGCUGGUGCUGGAUGGGGCUGCCCAGAUGCCCUGUCCUCCUAUGAAACGUCGCAUGGGGUGGAGUGGGCAGCUCCAGGUGGUUGCAGAGCCCAAACCCUGGACUGCUGCAUCUCCUCUGUGCCUGCCCUCGCUGCAGGGGCAGCUCCCCCCUGACUCCCUGGGCAGUGGGGCCCCCAGAGCCCCUGGCCACGGGCCCCAUCUGGUGCUGCCAAGGCGACCUGCGAGUGCCCGGGUCAAGAGCACAGCCAGUGCCACCUCUCUGGACACCUCCAGCAGGACCUCUGCAGUCAGGCCAGUCUCAGCCAGCUUCUCAGGUGAUGGUGCAAGCAGAGUGGGGAGAGCCCCUCCCCUGGGGCCUCACAAGGUGGAUCUCCUCCUGCAGGGGAAGGGUGAGAAGCUACUGGAGAAGGAAGUGGGUCACCUUUUUGGUUUGGAAACACAGUUAAAGGGGAAGGAUGUGGUGAUGAGAGACCUACAGGAGGAGAUCGCAGCCAUGGCAAAGAAACUGGCCCAGGCAGCAGUGAGGAACGAGGCUGAGCUGACCCAGGAGCUGCUCACCUUCAACCGAGAGCUGGGAGCUCAAACAGAGGAGAUCAAAGCCCUGAGGGAACAGAUCAAUGACCUGCAGAAAGGCUCAAACCAAGCCUUCAGCCAUUCCCUCCAUGAAAGAGACCUGGAGAUCGGGAGGCUGCGGAGGGAAAGUGAGAAGUUGAAGAGAGACCAGGCUUUGACUGCAGGUCUGGUGAGCAACCUGCAAAGAGAACUCCUGCAAAAGGAUCAGAAAAUCCAGCAACUUCAGCAAGAGACUGAAAAACUAAAUAAGGAAAACCAAGAGAAGGACAAUCAGCUGGCUGUGGUUUCAGCCAAGUGCUCAAGAAUUAAAGAAGAAACAAAGCAUGAACUCAGAGAGCAAGAGCUAAUCUCCUGCAGAAAUCGCAUCGAGGAGCUGGAGCAGGGGCUGCAGGGGCUGCAGGGGGAGAUCCGGAAGCAUGAGAGUGUCCAGAAGCAACUGGCUGAGAAAACCAAGGCGGAGGAGGAGCUGAAGGCAGCCUGGUCCCAGCAGGCGGGGCAGCUGCGGGAGAUGGGGCGCAGGGAGCGCCUGCUGCGGUCUGACGUGCAGAGAGCUGGGGAGCAGCUGGAGUCCUUCAAGACCCAAGUGAUGCAAGUCUUUUCUCCAUCAGCAGCUGGCAGCACAGGGAAACCUGUAACAGAGCAGCAGGUGAUAGAGAAGGUCAGGCAGAUCUCUGAUGAGAACCAACAAAGUCAUGAGAGAGAAAAGAGUCUGCAGAAGGAAUUAAGCUCCAGGCUCGUAAAGGAGAAGGAGCUGUCUGCAAACAUCGAGGUGUUCAAGGACUCCCUGCAAAAGCUCCAGGCUUGCCUGAGGAGCCCCUGCAGCAGUGCCAGCCUGCGAGGGGAGCUGGGGCAGCUGGAGCUGUUGUGCCUGGAUCCCCCUGUCUCGGCCAUCAGGACAGCAGUGGUGGACAUGGCACGUGGUCCCCUGUCCUGGCUGGAGGGUGCAGAGCAGCUCCUGGACAGCGCAGGGGUAGACCUGCACACCUCUGGCAAAGGGCUGUUGGCUGCUCUCAGGAGCUUGUUGGAAAAGAGUCAGGAGAUGGCACAGAGGAAUCAGAUGUUGCAGGAGCAAUUAGAGAAGCUCCAGGAGCUUCAGGCAGAGCUGCUGCAGGGGCACACAAAGGAGCUGGAAGCAAAACAUGAGCAAGACUUACAGAAAAAAAUCCAGCAAAUUAUCCUGGAAAAGGACAAGGAGAGCAAACAGAUUCUGGAAAGCGCUGUCACUGAGGAGAAGGAAAAAUGCAAGAAAUCUGUGGAGGAAGAACAGAGGAAGAUCCAAGAGUUGGAAAGCCAUCUAAGAAGCAUGGCUGAGGCAAACACAAAGAAGGCAGAGGAGCAGGAACUAACAGAGGGAAAACUGAGAGAAGCUUUGCAUGAGCUGAAGAAAAUUACUGCACAAGAGGCGCUGUUACAGCAGCAGGUGCUCCAGCAGAGCCAACAGCUCAGGGCUGCCCAGGAGGAAUAUGAGUUACAGAGGCAGAAACUGCAAGAAGAGGUAGCAGGAUACAGGGAGCAGAGCAGGCAGCAUUCCCUGACCAUCUUGGCUUUAGAGGACAGGCUGCUAGAGGCCACUCAGCAGCAGAAGGUGCUGGAGGAGGAAAAGACAGCACUUGUGGAAAAAAUGGAAGGACUCCAGUGUGAUGCCCACAGCUCAGCAUCAGGAGAUUGGCUGGAGAUUUGUCCUGCCUUGGAGUCUCAUGUUUGUCUGAGGAAACUGCAUGAAAAGCUGGCAGUGGUGCAGGGCAUGCUCCUGGAAAAGAAGGUAGUCAUCAGCAGGCUCAGCAGGGAGCUGUCAGAAACCAGAGCCAGGAUGUCGGACAUGAGAGGGGAGCUGAGUGAGGAGCAGAAGGUGGAGCUGGAGCACAGCCAGAGGCAGCUGAAACACCGGGAGUGGGAAGUGAACCAGCUCAGGGAGAAGCUAUCCGAGGUGUCCAGCCUUGUGGAGGAGAAGGAUCGGGCCCUGAAAGCAGCAGCUGAAGAAUUAAGCCAAGCCCAAAGGCGCUGCCAGGUGCUGAAGGAUGCUUCCCAACAAACACUGGAGAACAAAGAGGAUGCUCCCAGGACACCAGUGCAGGUGAGUGAAGCCUCCCAGAGAUGCUGGAAAAGGGAAUAACUCGCAGGUGGUGGCAGCAGCAGAUGGAGGGACUGGGGAAUUGUACAUUCUGUUCAGCGAUGGUGGCAGCCAGCAGCGUGCCAGCGAGGCCGGCGCUGCGGGGGCCGGCGUGACUCACAGCCAGCUGAUGAGCGGGCGGAGCCACCAUCAGACCUGGCUGAGCUCGGUGCGAAGUGCCAAGGCCUGAGGCACGAGGAAACGAUCCAGCGCCAAAAAGAAGGUUUGGCCGAGCUCCGGGAGAGAGUAAAGAUGCUGGAGAAGAGACAGUGCUCAGGUGCUGUGAAGAGCAAUUCAGAGCCACUGGUGGUCUGGAUGAAAGACUUACCAGAGAAAAUAGUCCAACAAAGAAGCCUUGAGCUGGAACCUGCUGCUGUGUUGGGAGAAAAACCGAAGGCUGGCAAGGCUCCUGACCAUGUUCCUAAUGGGAGCUCAUUCAGGAUCACCAACAGCACAGCGAGCUUGGAAAUGGCUGAGGCAAGAGACUUGGGUGAGAAGAUGUACCUUGAUGUAAUCGGUGCUCUGGGAAGCCUGGUGGAGAUGAAGGAGCUGUCAGGAAUGCAGCCUCUGCAGCACCUUCCUCAGGAGAAAAGGGCAGAAGUGGGACUGCAGAGACAGAAGGCCCUAGAGCUGUUGUACAGAAAGAUCAGGAACCUCCAGGUUCGCCUGGAAAGGAAAGAAGAAAUGCUGAAAGAUUAUGAGGGAAGUGUGGAGCAGCUCAGGCAGAGCCAGGCUUCCCUGCAAAGGUGCCAGGAGGAGAUGUCCACCCUGGAAGAUGAAGCCCACAGGGAGGCAGAAGAGAAGGCUCUGCUGAGAGAGGCUCUGGAGAGGAUGCAGCUCCAGCUGGACCAGGAGAAGAGGCUGCGGCAAGCGGCCAAACGGCGCAAGCCUGGAGCCACAAAGACUCUGCUCAGGCAAGCCGAAGGCCAAGGAGUGCAUGGCAGAUGCUGUCAAAUUGGGAAGCUCAUAGGAGCAGCACCACGGGGACCUUCACUAGGUGGUGGUCUGCAGUAGGAACAGUCAUCACUGCACACUCUGUGAGGGUGGAGGUGGCAUGAGGUGAGGGUGCAUUUUGAGGAGCUCCAGUUUGUAUCCCGAAGCUCCUGGGCACACUGGUGUGACUGUACAGUGCAGGACCUUAUCUUCCCAUAGUCCAUAUCCCAUAGAGUGUGGCGGGACUUAUGGCAGUGGAAAAGGUGGUGAGGAUAUAUCCAGUGUACACGUAUGUGUAUUUGUGUGUGUGAAUACAGCCUAGUGAUGUGUGAAAUCAGUUGUGGGGGGUGUGUCCUGUCCUUGCUGAAGUGGCCUCAAGCACAUGAAGCCAACAUGGCUUGAAAUAGCCCUUGUAACUCCUAUGUCCUGCAGUUUCCAUCACGUCGUGGGGAAACUGGAACAUAAGACACAAUGUAGUACAGAAUUCUGGAGUUCCUGGAACACCCCAGGAAUGCUGAACCUGCCACCUGGGAACGGGGAAGAAGAGGAUCUAUGUCAGCCAUUCCAGUACUGCAGCAGCAUGAGGACAAGCUGGGGA